AUGUUGCUAUCAGUGGUUUUUCUGCCGUUGAUCUGCACACAUCAAUGUGGAGUAAGUAUACAAACUGGAGAAGAGGUUGCUGUGAAGCUGGAACCGGUCAAGACUAAGCACCCUCAGCUAUAUUACGAGUCGAAGCUGUACAUGCUUCUCCAAGGAGGAAACGGUGUGCCCCACCUUAAGUGGUUUGGAGUGGAAGGCGAGUACAAUUGCAUGGUUAUCGAUCUUUUGGGACCGAGCUUGGAAGAUUUAUUUAACUAUUGCAAUAGGAAGUUAACUUUGAAAACGGUCCUAAUGCUAGCCGAUCAAUUGAUUAAUAGAGUGGAAUACAUGCAUUCAAGAGGUUUUCUCCACCGUGAUAUAAAGCCGGACAACUUCUUAAUGGGAUUGGGAAAAAAAGCGAACCAGGUUUAUAUCAUCGACUAUGGACUUGCAAAGAAAUACCGAGAUCUUCAAACGCACAAGCAUAUACCAUACAGGGAAAAUAAAAAUCUAACGGGGACAGCUCGUUAUGCUAGUGUGAACACCCAUCUCGGAGUUGAGCAAAGCAGACGGGACGAUUUAGAAUCGCUUGGCUAUGUUCUUAUGUACUUCCUCAGAGGAAGCCUUCCGUGGCAAGGACUAAAAGCCGGCACAAAGAAGCAGAAAUACGACAGAAUCAGUGAGAAAAAGAUGCUUACACCCAUAGAAGUGCUUUGUAAAUCAUAUCCAUCUGAAUUUAUAUCUUAUUUUCAUUAUUGCCGGUCGUUGCGAUUUGACGACAAGCCUGAUUAUUCGUACUUGAAGAGACUUUUCCGAGACCUGUUUAUCCGGGAAGCUUAUCAGUUCGAUUUCAUUUUUGACUGGACUGUAUUGAAGUAUCCUCAAGUUGGCUCCAGUUCUAGAGCACGACCAACUGGUAAAAUACCGCUAAAUCCCGGACCAUCGGCAGAACGAGUAGAAAAAACUACAGGUAGUAGGCAAGAUGUACGAGACAGAUUCUCCGGUGCGGUGGAGGCAUUCGCAAGAAGAAACGGUUCUAGUACUGCGUUGCAUGGUGAUCACUCGAGGCACCGAUCCACAGACGAUUCUCCCUCGUCUAAAGACGUGCAAAAAUCGUCUCGGACCGGUAGCACGUCAAAGAGGGUGGUGCCGCCGUCGAGCAGCCGGCCAAGCUCCUCCGGCGAGCCGAGUGAGAAUCGCCGCCAUCAUCAUCAUAAUCCUAAGGUGGGCCCGGAAAGUGGUCGUGUAGCGACGACCACUCAGAGACUGCCACCUGGAUACGAGUCCAGGUCAUCGUCGUCGUUGACUCGUGCUGGUGCUGCAAGAGGGGUACGUGACGAGACCCUUAGAAGCUUUGAGCUUUUGACAAUCGGCUCUGGGAAAAGAAAAUGAAAAAAAAAAAGAAAAAAAAAAAGCAAAAGCUGUGUCGGGGGUAUAAUAGUAAUUGCAAAUAACGGUAUGUUUUUUGUUGCCCAGCCUUACCCUGUCUGGGGUAUAAAUGUAAUUUUGCACUAGUAUUGCUACGUUUUGGUGCUCAAUAUAUGGUUAGUUCCUUGAACGACUGCGUUUCGAUUAUUUUUGUCUUGAAGGAUGUUGUCGUGUAAAGAUACACUUAUGAUGCGUUACGUGUACGCGGGUUUUUC